AUGGUUAGCCAGUUCCCGGUGCCCACCUCCUCUUCAGACCUUUCUGCAGGCAGGCGGCAUGUCCUUGUCCUCAUACAUGCACGACAUCACCCGAACACGAUCAUGCUUAUAGCGGCCCAGUCAGCCCAAGCUAAAGCCACACAAAAACUUCGAGAAGGCGGAGCCGAAGGAGAAGUCAUCGCCCGUGCUUGGAGACCCUUUUCUCCUCUAGGCUCUGGCGCCGCUUUCGAUUUUCUUGUCGCACCUAUGUUGGCUUUCGACUUGUGA